AUGGAGUCCAGGGCUUUGGUUCUGUUCAUGGUCCUCGGGUUCUUAUUUCCGGAGCCGGGGUUCGGACAGAUUCAUGAAUUGGUUGUUAAUGAAUGGUUUAGAGACAGAAUCGAGCUGAUAAGGACCUUACCAGAAAAACUUGCAAAAAUAGACGAGUGUGAGGAAAAAGCUGUAGCCCUGGAGGCCAGACUCAACGCCACGGAAGAGGAGCUGACGAAACAGAGAGCUGAGAUGGACAAACUGAAGGAAGAGAACGAAGAGCUGAAGCAGAGAACUGGAAGUGCUGCUCCUCAGGUUGCAUUUUCUGUCUCUUUGGCAAACACCGGAGAGAUUUAUGAAGGGCCCUGCAUCGACAAAACCCUGAUUUUCAAGAGGGUUUUCUCAAACAUUGGCAACGGUUAUGAUGAAAACACAGGAGUCUUCACCGCUCCAGUGAAGGGUGUGUACUACUUCACCUUCAGCACCUACGGCUACAACACACACACCACGGGGGCCAUUUUAAGGAAAAACAACUCCUAUGUCAUUUCAACGUACGAGGAGGCCUCAGUCGACGGGUCAGACAGUAACAGUAACGCCGUUGUCCUUCCACUGGUCGCUGGUGAUAAGGUGCAUGUGGAACUGUGGGACAACGGCAGAGUGUACGACAACCUCAACGGACACACAACCUUCAGUGGUUUUCUGCUUUUUUCCACAAAUAAUUAGACCCAAUGCAUGUGUGUUUCAUAGUGAUGCAACAAUUUAUCUGGAAAUCUGUUUCCUUGAGGUUGUUUCACUGUUCAUUCCGUGCGUUUCCAUGACAACUUUUAUUCCUGGUUUAAUCUGAUUAAAGGUUAGAUCCUAUUUCAGAUGCCCAUGUAAACGCCUUAUUCCAGUUGAAAAAGAAAAGUUCGGAUUAAAUUUAAACCCGAUUAAAGUCACUGGUUUAAUCAAUCCCCUUUUAAUUAUGAUCUAAAUCAUUCCUGGGACAUGUAAACCCUUUAUUCCGUUUGGACUUUAUUCCUGCCAUUCUGCGCAUGCUCAUUGUCUUGUCCUGUCGUGAUG